AUGCCAAAAAUGUGGGAUUUAUUAAGAAAAUCAAAAUAUUAUUUAAUAAAUGUCCAUCCACUUGGACAAUUUUCCUUUCCAAAUAUUCCAAAAAGAAUUGUUAAUAUUGGAGGGAUUGAAGUAGAAAUUGAAGGAAUUUUGAAUGAAAUUGAGGAAGAAAAGAAAUUGGAAGAAAAAGAGAAAAAUAAGCAUAGUAUAACAGGCUUUUUUAAAAAUAAACUAAUUGAAUAUUUACCUGAAGAACCUGUAUUUCGAUGGAUUAAAAAGGUAUUUAAUACGACACAGUGCCGAACUAGAUCCGGCCGGAUUUUUUCGGAGGCUGAUUGCUUUGUUUUAUUUUAUAUGGGUGAAAAUGUUAGCUUCAAUGGAUUUACACAAGAAUAUUUUAAUGAAUUAGUAGAAACAUUCUUAAAAUAUGACAAAUGUAAAUUUGUUGUUCAACUUAAAGAUGCAUUUCAUUCGUUAGUAAUGCUACUAAAGAAUUUUUCAGCACCAUGGCGAUUAGAAGGCCCUUCCUAUAACAAUAUAUAUUUUUACAUGAAUAAAGUAAAUCUGCAAAAAUUUUUAGGUAAAUUUUCAUUAAAAAAUUUAUACUUCAAUAAAAGUAGAAACGAUAGAAGAUUGAAACGGACACUAUCAUUUACUUUGCCUACAAAUUCUUCAAAUAAUAACUCGCUUUAA